GAAUCGGCGUAUGCGUACGUGAUUAGAUUUUCUUGCAAACAACGGGCGGACAUCUUGGAUGCGGUAUCCAGUUCUUAUAAUACUUCGAUUUACGUGACAUAUUGAUUCAUUUUGUUAGCUAGGUAGCUAGCUAAGCUAACUAACCACUACGAAUAUUAGAUUGCAGUGCAAUCACAUGCCCUACAGUCUUUUUUGAAAUCAUAACAUAGUAAUGUCUGGAAGCGCAGGAGAAUGGUGUCUUAUGGAAAGUGAUCCUGGUGUUUUCACAGAAUUGAUCAAAGGUUUUGGUUGUAAAGGAGCUCAGGUGGAAGAAAUAUGGAGUAUGGAACCAGAGAACUUUGAAAACCUCAAACCAGUUCAUGGGUUGAUCUUCCUGUUCAAGUGGCAACCAGGUGAGGAGCCAGGAGGAUCUAUCGUUCAGGAUUCAAGGCUUGACAACAUCUUCUUUGCCAAGCAGGUGAUAAACAAUGCAUGUGCUACCCAGGCCAUUGUGAGCGUGCUGCUGAACUGUACCCACUCUGACAUGCUGUUGGGAGAGACACUUACAGAGUUCAGAGAGUUUUCCCUCAGCUUUGAUGCAGCUAUGAAAGGUCUGGCUCUCAGCAACUCUGAAGUUAUUCGACAAGUUCACAACAGCUUUGCCAGACAGCAGAUGUUUGAGUUUGACGCCAAGUCUUCAGCAAAGGAUGAGGAUGCGUUCCAUUUUGUGAGCUACGUCCCUGUCAACGGCAGGCUCUAUGAGCUGGACGGCCUACGUGAAGGACCCAUCGACCUCGGUGUAUGCAACCAGGACGAUUGGAUCAACGCAGUUCGGCCAGUGAUUGAGAAAAGAAUACAGAAGUACAGUGAGGGAGAGAUCCGCUUCAACCUGAUGGCCAUUGUGUCCGACAGGAAGAUGAUUUACGAGAGGAAGAUAGCCGAACUACAGAUCCAGCUAACAGAGGAAGAGCCAAUGGACACAGACCAGAGCAGCACCCUCCUCAGCUCCCUCCAAUCAGAAAUCGCAAAAUAUCAGCUGCUGAUCGAUGAGGAGAAUCAGAAGCUCCAACGAUACAAGAUCGAAAACAUCCGACGAAAGCACAACUACCUACCCUUCAUCAUGGAACUACUGAAGACACUGGCAGAAUACCAGCAGUUGAUACCAUUGGUGGAAAAGGCAAAAGAGAAGCAGAGUGCCAAAAAAGUCCAGGAAGCAAAGUGACCCCACAAACACACGCACUUGUCAGUCAUCUUAUUCAUGUGAAAGGCCAUGGACCCUCUCCCCACAAUUGUAUCCUGUGUCCCCCGCCAGACACGAGCACAGGCGGUGGGACAGAACUGUGUUCACUGUCCCACCCAGCUCUACCCUUCAGCUGUAAUGCAUGCCUGGAAAGAUAUGUUUAAAUGGGCUUGUCUUAUUUUCAUAAUAAAAUGUUUAGAUGUUCAAACAUGCUGUAGUUUUAUUGUUAAAUACAUUUCAUCAUUGUUGCCUACAUGGUCAAGUGUGUUGUUUUUAAUAGUUGUUGGGUAGCCUAGCGGUUAGACCAUUGGGCCAGUAACUGAAAGGUUGCUAGUUUGAAUCCCUGAACUGACUCGGUCAAUCUGCCCUUGAGCAAGACACUUAACCCUAAUUGCUCCAGGGUCGCUGUCAAUACUGUCUGAUCCCUGUCCUUAACCAUUGGAGUGUACAUGUUUGAAACAUGACAAAUAUAAGCUCCCCCUAUCUUGAGAUUAACAAGUGCCACUCAGUCUUAAACAGUGGAGUAAAAAUACUUUAAAUUUGUUUUUGGGGGUAUCAGUACUUUACUAUUUAUAUUUUUGACAACUACAUUCCCAAUGAAAAUAAUGUAAUUUUUACUUCGUACAUUUUCUCUGACACCCAAAAGUACUUGUUACAUUUUGAAUGCUUAGCAGGAUUGUAAAAUGGUCCAAUUCAUACACUUAUCAGGAGAACAUCCCUGGUCAUCCCUACUGCCUCUGAUCUGGCGGACUCACUAAACACAUGCUUUAUUUGUAAAUUAUGUCUGACUGGUGGAAUGUGACCUUGGCUUUGCGUAAAUUAAAAAAAACAAGAAUUG